CAAAGCCUCUUGUUAUUCAAGCAGAUGUCAUGCAGAGGGAGCUAGAGAGCUGCCUAAGAAGAGAGUACACUCCUGAAAACUUACCUUUGCUUCUGUUGCAGUAUUAUACAGAGAGAAUUACCCAGCUGGCCCAGAGUAAAUAUUUACACAUGCUUAGGUGGAAGAGGUUUUGUCAGCACAGUAAGAUCAUGGAGCAGCUUUAUCCUCUUUACAAGAAACAAGUUGCCUACAUUAUGCAAGAGUACAAUGAUGCCCUUCAGAGAGCGGAUAGAUUGUCUGUUGCACGAGAAAACUUCCUUAUGGGAAAAAAGAAUCCUCCUAACUUAGUGACACAGGAAGACCUGACUAUUUACACAAAUUGGUUAGUGUGUCACCUACACUCACUCGAGACUAUUCACCACUACCUGCAGGCCCUCCAGUAUUUGCCCAUCUCCAAAGUGCUGAGUGUAGCUGUCAACAAAGCCCCUGAGGUUGUUCAAGAAAAUGAAAAGGUCCCUGUCGAUGACACUGACCCUGACAUCCAUGGUUCUGCAUCUCUAGGCUCUGUGAAUACCAGCAUUUCAGGGCCAGCAAGAACAGAAGCUGCUUUUGUCCUGCCCCAACACAUAACGAAAACAGAAGAACUGAAACCUCAGCUGAGGCUCCUGCUCUCCCACUUCAACAUCCCCUACGACGUAGAAGAGCUAGGAGAUGCUGAUAAGGAAAUAGAACUUCUUUUCUUGGUUUCCCAAAAAUUUCAAAGCAUCUUCAAGGAGCAGCAGAGAAUGCAAACGUUUCCAGACUAUGAUGCUGGGAUAGCGAAGGUGAAUUUGGGUUUGGCAGGACCUGUCAUGGCCUUGAAAAAGAGAGCCAACUGGAUUUCCUUUAUAAAGAUUAAGCCAAAAUGUGAUCCUUGGCAAAAGAAGCUUUUGACCAAACUGAAAGAACGGAGAAGAAUAGAUGUAUUAAUGCAUCUCCAAGCAAAAAUUUUGAAGAUUUCCAACCCUGAGCGAGUAAUGCAAGUGCUCCAAGAUCAUGCUGCAAAGACAGUCUCACUGGCUUCAUCUCGUGCAACAUUUGUGGCUUCCCAGGGUUUGCAUCAGGGCAACUACGACCAAAUCUGGGAGAGCAUUUAUAGCAACAUCAACCUCUACCAGAAUGAAAAUAUGAAGGAAGAUGACCCUUCAGUGGAAGGAAAUGAAAAUGACCCGGCACAAAUAAAUCUUAGCCAAUGUGCUGAUGAGCCUGUCAAACAGAAGAGAGAGACAGGGUACAGCUGCGCAGUAGCGCUACAACUGCUGGGCUUGGACGACCUGCCUGGGCCCGGUGGCGGGGACCCUGUCCUGGCGAGAGGGACCUACUUGUCCUUUCUGUAUCUGCGCCACCUGCGGAUCAGGGAGCUGCAGCGCAUCUGCUUAGGAAUUCUGAACUAUUUCAGAUCCAUUGAGCGAACACUGACAAUCAACACUUCAGGCCUUACCUUGGUUGCAGGGAGCCUGGUCCCCACCACAGAAGAUAGUUCCUGGGUAAAUACAGUGAAAGGAGGCAUGGGUACCUCACAAGGCCUAGGCGCUCACCACUAUGUCCAUGGGACAUCUGCCGAGCACAAGGCUCAGAGUGUCCAGUUCAUGGAGUUCUCAGAAGUAGAGAACCAGGAUGACUACUACUGCAUGGUUGCUGGCUGCGUCCACACCCAGGACCAGCAAGGAGUGUAUGUCGUGUAUGAUGAAGCCCUGAGUGAUCUGAAGGAACUAGAGACAGAGCUGCUGCUGCUGGCCAGCCAUUACAUUGAGAAAGAAAAAGGUCAGAAGUGAGGUUCUUAAAAAUCAACCAGCCAAACAAACAAAAAACACUAA